GCGGUGGAGCUGAUCAGGGAGCUGGGUUUGCCUUUCAGCCCGGCCUGGUCGGCGGACGAGCUGAGGCACACCAUCAAGGAGACCCUCUUCCCGAAGGCCGAGGGCGACUCUCAGAAGGCACUGAAGGGAGUCAACAACAUGAAGAAGCCGGAGCUGGUCCAGAAGGCGGAGGAGGUCGGAGCCCACCUCACGCCGAAUAUGACGAAGGCAGCGAUGAAGCUUGAGAUCCGCAAGGCCGUACUGAUGAAGACGAAGCCAGAGGCGACGGACAUCAUGGGUUUCGGGAAGCACGGAGCCCUGACGUACCAGCAGGUCCGGAUCCAGUACCCGUCCUAUACCGAGUGGGCCACGAAGGAGGCCAGCACAGAGAGCAGCUGGGAGCUCACCCGGUGUGUCUCAUGGCUCAACGAGACGAAGGUAAUACAAGAGAUGACCAAAGGCCCGGGGGAAGCUCCGGCGGAGCCUACCAGGGCACGAGGGGGCGCGAGGUCAUCUCAAUGGCGCACGAUGGACGUGAUGAUGGAAGACGAGCUCGACGAGGAGACGGUGCAGUCAGCUCACCAGGAGGUGACGACACCCAACCGCCAGAUCCAGAAGGAGAUGCUGGCAGCUCUGGGUCAGCUCAACCAGAGGCUGGAGCGCCUCGAGGCACCGAGGGCACCGAGUUCUGCGGACAGCUUUGUCGCAGUGUGUAUCAGGGAGAGCAACAGCACCGAGGACUUCGAGGCACUGAUGGCACAUGGUGGGGUCAAGCUCAUGGAGCUGGCCUGUAGUCCCGCAUCCAUCCUGAGCUCGAAGAUGGCCGAGAAGUUUGGCGAGGAGGCAGUGCGGCGAGUCAGCUCAUGGAACGGCCACAAGCUCGGGACAUCCCCGGGCAACCAGAAGGCGCGAGAGACCCGGGACAAGGCAGAGCCUGACCACCUCUGGAUCGGCACUCGAUGUGGUCCCUUGUCCACGCUGACUCUCGGUUUCAACACUUCCAACCCGGCCAGGGCGGAGGCGACCAGAAAACGUCGGCUCCAGGCGAUCAAAGAGUACAAGGGAUGGGGCCAUGCCAUGAUUCGCAAGAUGAUCGAUGACUGCUCAAUGACCGUGGUAAAGGUGGCUGGGUGCCAGCUCGGGGUCAAGAAUGAGACGGGCGAGCCGCUCUUGAAGGAGUGGCUCAUCGCAACGACCUCACCGAAGAUGGCGGCUCGGAUGGCCACAGAAUGCCCCGGAGAUCAUCGGCAUGGUGAACUCAUGAGCGGAAGCCUCACGGCCUCGACAAGCUACUACACGGACGAGUUCGCCCGGAGGGCCGUGCGGGCCAUGAUCGAGGAAGCCGCCCCGGACUACCACGAGUUCCUGAGGAACAUGUCCCAGGACAAUGAAACCAACAUGCACGCCCUGGCGGGACAACAGGAGUCGGCUUCACCCGCUGCGGACCCGGGGUCCAAGGAGUACCAGAAGAUCAUGGGCUCACAUCUGUGCACCGAGGGUCCGGACUUCCACUGCGAAGAGUGCGAGGAGGCGAACAACCACCGCCCUACGCACCCUCCGGUCAGUCUCGAGGCCAUACCCCCGAAGUGGAAGCAGAUCCAGGCGGACCAGUUCGAGUGGGAGCACCCCAGGACUAAGCUCAAGGCCAAAUUUUCGCUGAUCAUUGACGAGAACUGCAAGGUCCGGGUCACUAAGUUGUUGUACCACAUGGCGGGCCAGGACCGCCACAGGAAUCCCGUCUGGGCCGACCUCAAGAGCUUUUACGAAGAGAGGUGGCUGCCGUACUUCGGGAAGCCGCAGCGCGUGAAGGGGGAUCCCGAGGGUUCAUGGAUGUCCAAGCAGGCCCACUGGCACAUCUCCCUCGCUGAAGAGGCGAUCCAGGCAACCAAGGGGACUAUGGACAAGCUCGUGACUGAGAACCCGGACAUGUCCACUGAAGAGGCCUUGGCCCGCGGCACAGCAGCCGGGAACUCUCGAGAGGAUGUACGAGGUCAUUCCCCAUUGCAGCACGCACUGGGAAGGGCUCCUGACCUUGACGGCCAUUUCUUCGAGAACAACUUUGACGAGCUGCCGUACGUUGAGGCCCAGCGGGUCGACAAGGAGUUCGGCGAGAACUACAUGAGGAUGUACGCGGCCGAGCAGGAGUACCUGAGGCAGGUAUACCUGCGUCGCCUGAGCCUGGCGGAGAACGCCAAGAACCAGUCGCUCAAGGCCGUGGCCCCCAGCAUGUGGGUGCGCUAUUUCCGCAAGGAGAAGGGCGAGGUCAAGGGCCGAUUCAAAGGGCUUGCGCGAGUGCUCGCUGCGGAGACGAACCGACCCGUGGACGGUGACCUCGGAGUAAACCAGACAUUGCAUCCAGGUCGUGCAGGACCUGUGGUCUGGUUGGUCCGGGCAGGGCGCAUCAUCAAGGUGGAUUUAUGCCAGGUCCGGGCUGCUUCCGCGCGGGAGAUCGCCUAUGCCGAGCUCAUGGCGGGCAAGGACACACCCUGGACCGUGAACACAUUCAUGAAUCAGGCGAUGCGGCAGGAGUACCUGGACUUCUCGGGGCACGACCCCACAGAGCAAGACGAGGACCUCGCAUCCUGGGAAGGGGUGCCUGAGCCAGCACCUCCGAUGAAAAGGGCGCGCCACGAGGAGCCGUUGGAGGAGCCCAAGUCCGAGCGCAACCAGAACCCUGUGCGCAAGGCAAUUCGGAAGAAGGCCCCACCGCCAGGGGGAGUGGCCAGCAUCGUGAAGGCCGCCCGGACUGCACAGGGGGAGGAUCUCAUGAUGAAAAGAGCUGCCCUCAUGGCCAAGGCAUCCCCAGACGCCCGGUCUUUCUGGGCACGGCAGGGGACAUCCCUGGAGAUCUCGGUCGAGUUGCCAUUGGCGGGAAAGCCCCUGAAGCAGGCCACGAGGCACUUGAGCACCUACAUGGCGGGCCAGCUAAAAAGGGGGAAACGAGAGAUCUCAGAGCGGACCCUAACCCCGGAGGAGGUGAAGAAGUUCAGUGUCGCCAAGGCCACCGAGGUGAAUAACUAUGUGAUCUCAUCCGUGCUGGAAUCCUUGCCACCAGGAGUCACCCCGCCACCAGAGGAGGUGAUGCGCAUGCGGUGGAUCCUGGAGUGGAAGAUGGACGAGGCGACCAGCGAAAAGAAGCCCAAGGCCCGUAUCGUGGUGCUAGGUUACAUGGACCCUGAAUACGAACACCGGCCAACGACAGCUCCGACAAUGACCAGGACCUCCCGGCACCUGGUGCUGCAGGCUAUGGCGUGGCUCGGAUUCAAGGGGUACAAGGCGGAUGUGACAGGAGCGUUCACCCAGAACCGGGAGAUCAAGCACGACCUGUUCGCAAUGCCCGUAAAGGAGCUUGCUGUGGCCCUGGGUAUGCCCGAAGGGGUUGCAAUGAGGCUAAGGAAGGCAGUCUAUGGGCUCGUGGAGGCAGCGAUUGAGUGGUGCAUGACGGUGAGCGAGGCCCUGGAGGAGUUCGGCUGGACGCAAAUGAAGAUGGACCCGUGCGUUUGGGUGCUCUACGGUCAAUCCCAUUGCCAGGACAACAGCUUCACUAAGGAAGCCCUAGACCAGUUCACCGGAUCCGAGGUGGUGAGCGAGCUGGUCGCAGCGAAGGGUGACCUGGAUAUUGUGGCUAUUGCGGGGUCACAUGUGGAUGACUUCUUGCUCGGGGGGAAGGAGACAGACCCCAGGUGGAUCGAAGCCCGGAAGAAGAUCGAAGAGCGGUUCAAGUGGGAGGCCUGGGAGACCGACGAGUUCAUGCAGACGGGUGUCCGGAUCCGCCAGAUGCCAGAUAUGAGUUUCAAGAUGGACCAAAGCGAGUACGUGAAGACCAUCGAGAAGGCAGUCGUGAGCCCGGAGCGGAAGAAGCACAAGGACGCCCCGACCACAGACAAGGAGAAGGGGCAGCUAAGGGCCAUCCUGGGGGCCAUCGGCUGGCGCUCAGAGCAGUCCGGCCCCAUGCACUCGGCGGACACCAGCCUGUUGCUUAGCACGAUACCAUCGUCCACCGUGCAGACCCUACUGGACACGAACCGCCUGGUGGACAGAGUACGGGAAGGAGCCGAUCUCCCCGUGGUCCUCCAUAGCCAUUCCAACGCGCAGGUAAUUGUUCCCAUCGAGUGGUCAGAUUCCUCAGAAGCAAACCGACCCGACGGAAAAUCUACCAAGGGACUUGUCACAGGGAUGGCCCCACUCCGUAUCCUGCAGGGGGAUGAGUCCGACGUGAGCAUGAUCUCUUGGAAAUCAGGCAAGCUUGACCGAGGGUGCCGGAGCUCCGUAUCAUGUGAGACCCGAUCAGCCGUGGACGGGGAAGAUGAACUAUUCGGGAUCAAGCUCCAGUGGCUGGAGAUCCUCGGCAACCAGAUUGACUGGCGCAACCCGGAGAGGACCAUAUGCCAGUUACCUGCCGCCCUCGUGGUGGACGCCAAGGGGCUCUACGAUCAGCUGCAGACUACGGUGUACACGUUCUGGGGCAAGGAGAAGCGGACGGACGUGGAGGCCAUGACUUUAAAGGAGGGAUCGACUGCGUCCAACAACUGGGUGUUGUGGGUACACGGUGAUGCUCAGCUGGCGAACUCUUUGACAAAAGGGCAGCCGGGCAUGAGCCUGGACAGCUGA